CCAAAUCCCUCCUUCUUCAGUCUUCAUAAAUUUUCUGUGUCAUCUCAAAAAUAAACCCUAAAAACUCCCCAAAAAAAGAAAAAAAAAAAAAAAACACCACAGACGAGGGGAAAGGUAGAACCUUUCCUUUGAAGCAGCUUUUUUUAACUAAAUUCAGUGGCUGUAUUGGGAUUUUCAAGCGCUUCUUGAUUUUUUCUUUCCUGAAUUUUGAGUUUUUAUUUUCUCAGAUUGGUCGCCAGAACCUAUUUUCUUAUUCUUGGCAUGGAUUCUUAUGAGUUGAAGCUUUUAUGGGUAAUUUAGCUUGUUCUUCUGCAUUGUAACUUUGAGUUUUGGUGGUGUUUGUGUUUCAUUGAAAGUGGAUGGAGAGUCCAGAGUUUUUGGAGACGUCAAUCAAUAUGGAUGCUGGUCUCAGUUCAUGCAACAGUGGUACAGUGCAGCAUCGUGACACUGAUGAGGAGAAUGAGAAUCUGGGUGUGGACAUCCUUAAUGAUCUGGAGACAUAUUGGGAAGAUAUAAAGGAGCGGUUGGUUGUGUCAAGAAUGGUGAGUGAUUCAGUUGUCAAGGGUAUGAUAUGUGCUGUUGAACAGGAGGCAGCAGAAAAGAUUGCUCAGAAAGAAUCAGAGUUGGCUAAAUUAAAAGAGACGUUACAUCUUUACCAUGUGGGUGUAGAUGGAAAUGAAUCCAUGAGGUAUUCAAUGAUGUGCCAUGAACAAAAGAGCAGAAAAUAUGGGCUUUAUUCUUCCCAUUCAAAUGGCACAGUAGAUCAUGAGAGAUUACAAGAUUUUUUGGGCAACCUUAAAAUUGCAGCGAAAGAUCAAUUUAAAAAGCUCAAGAAAGAAAUUGACAGGAUUAGGAAGGGUUCUGGUUCUUUGGGAUUGAGUGGUAUUCUAGAGGAAAACAUGCCCGAAAAAUGGAUUGAUGUGGAUAGGGCACUUGAUGGUCUUAGAACUACUCUGGAAUCUGCCUUCGUGCAUGCAGAAGAUAUGGUUUGCUUGUCCAAGUCAUUGCACUUUGACUGGCGGCAGGAGAGAGAAUUUCAAGCAGAAAUUGAAGGAAUAGCGAUCAAGAAUUGUAUUCAGAGUUUUCAAGAAGAGUUUGAACAGAGACUGUGGGACCAAAAUGCUAAAUCUUAUGGUAAUGAGAGUGCAAAUUGGCUUGAAAAGAUCAAAGAGAUUACAAGUUUCCGUCAGGAGUUAGAUGCCAUCUCUAAAUCAUUGUCUGUUCCUGAAAGUGGACAUUUAAUUUCACAUGGUUCCUUGGAGCACCGAAAGGCUUCAGUUAAUCAUAUUUCGUCCACUUCACUUUGGGAAGGAAAUGGCAAACAUGAUGAUUCAAUAACUGUUGUUCCAGAAAAUAUGGAUUAUGCACAACUAAAGCACUUCUCAAAGGAAGAAUUAUUUAAUUAUUUUAAGUCUGAGAUGACUAAAAUAAGGAGAGACCAUGAGUUAAAAGUGCAACAAAUGACAGAAGAAUUUUUCAGUUUGAAGAGGGAGUACUUGAAGGAAAGGGGUUCUUCUGUGCCAGUGAGGAAGGAUAAGGAGUUUGAUUCGUUGAGGAAAAAGAUACCAGAGGUCAUUCUAAAAUUGGAUGGCAUUCUAAUGGAAAAUGAGAAACUGCCUUCAUUUAGUAACAAUGGAGAUUGUCUAAACAAUUUGAAGGAUAGACUGGAAUCACUUUGUUUAGAAAAUCGCCAACUAAGAGACUUGCUCUUGGAUAAGAAAAAGGAAAUUAAAUGUCUUUCCUCACAAGUUUCUGAUGCUGCAGAGAAAAUACAAGAACACUCUUUGGCAGAGGAGAAGUUAUCAAGAAUGUUUGAAGAUCUUAAAUGCGUUAUCGAAGAUGCAAACAUUGAAGCUUCAAUCAGUGAUGAUCUUUAUAAAUUCCUUCUCAAGGAGAUGGUCAACCAAAUGAAAAGCUUCAUAGAAGAGUUAGAUAUCGAGCAUGACAUCAUGGAUGGAAUUUAUGAAAUCAUAUUCAAAGAAGCUACUCGCAAUGCUGAGCCUACUGGUAAUUUAGAGAUUGAAGAUUCAGUUAUAGAGUCCAUUAUCAUGCAAGGGAUAUGCGAAGUUAUUUUUAGAGAAUCCUUCAAGGAAGCUGAGGAGAAAGUUGGUACCUUGAACCUGAAAUAUAUGAAUGAAAGUAAAGUCCGAGUAUCCCUUGAGAUGCAAGCUUUGGAAAAAGAAAAGGAAUUGAGAUUGAAUAUUGCUGAGAGAGAAAAAUUGGAGCAAAAGAUGCUCUUACUAAGGGCAGCGAUUGAAGAAAAAGGCAAUUUGAUUCAAGAAACAGCGGUGGUGUUGACGAAAGAGAAGGAGAAAGUUGAGUUAGUUUCUCAAGAGCUUGAUGAGUUAAGGCUUCAGACAACUCAGCAGCUUGAGAUAGUAACGAAGAAGUUAAGAGAAGCAGAUGAGGAGAAAAGUUUGCUUCUUUCUACUUCCCAACAGUAUCAGAAUACUAUAUCAUCAGCUGAGGCAAGAGAAAGAGAAUAUAGGAAGCAAAUGAAUUCAACUAUUGUUCUUAUCCAAGGAUUGGAAAAAGCAGUUAAUGAUUUUGAAUACCGGGCAACUGAAGAUAUUAAAAUGAAUAGCUUGAGGUUGGAAACUUUGAGCUCUCAAUUGAGUUCUCUCAUUCAGAAAGCUAUCAAACUUAAAAAGACAGGGUUGCUGUACAAGCAGAGGCUUGAAAAGAGGUGUUCAGACCUUCAAAAGGCUGAAGCUGAGGUUGAUCUUUUAGGUGACGAGGUGGAUACUCUUCUAAGCCUUCUCGAAAAAAUAUACAUAGCACUAGAUCAUUAUUCUCCGAUAUUGCAACACUAUCCUGGAAUUAUGGAAAUUCUAAAGUUGGUUAGAAGAGAAUUAAGUGGAGAAUCUGUUAAACCAAUUUGAUCUACUUAUGCAAGAUCCUUUUUGUUAAACGGAUAGAACUGCCCAAUACUUUUUGGUUCUGCUGCAGAAUCUUCUAUUGCUACAGCUUUUCUGGAGGGGCUUAUUCCAAGUAAGUCGAUGCCUUAUAAAACAAUGUUGCUACAAAUUUUGGCAGAGAAGAUAUUAUCAUUUGCCAGUCAAUGGUCCAAUAUGUAAAAGGAUUGGUGUGUUACAACAGCACUGAAGGCGAUAUGAAGAGCCUUUUUAUUUAGUUUUUUUGUAUAGGAUGUCCUACACUUUCUUAGUUUUGGAGUACCUAGCAUCAAUGAACCACAAUUAUUAGUUUUUCUUUUGUUUUUUUGGGCUACGCUUGAGUUGCUUAUGUAGAUAAGGAGAAGCAAAGAGAUGCACCUUUGCCUAUAGGAAACUGUAUAUUGGCAUUUUUUUUUUCCUGUAUUAAGUUUUCUCCUUUAUAUUGGUUUAGCUUAUAAAUGUGUAGAUUUUUCC